UCUAUUGGUUGACGUUUAGGAAAGUUUACUUGUUCAAGUCGGCAAUUGCUCCUAUAUAAACCACGGUCCUCCUGGCCCUUUCCUCAUCCACAGCUCAUAUUGGCUUUGAAUUCUUCAUUUCUCUAUUUUAGCGAUUCUCUCUCAACCUCUCUCAAGAUGCAGAUCUUUGUGAAAACCCUCACCGGCAAGACAAUCACCCUCGAGGUGGAAAGCUCCGACACCAUCGAUAAUGUUAAGGCCAAGAUUCAAGAUAAGGAAGGCAUCCCACCAGACCAGCAAAGGCUGAUCUUCGCCGGGAAGCAGCUCGAAGACGGCCGUACACUCGCUGACUACAACAUCCAGAAGGAGUCCACCCUCCACCUGGUCCUCCGUCUCCGUGGUGGAAUGCAAAUCUUUGUCAAGACCCUCACCGGAAAAACCAUUACUCUGGAGGUCGAAAGUUCCGACACUAUUGACAACGUGAAGGCCAAGAUUCAAGACAAGGAGGGUAUCCCACCGGACCAGCAGAGGCUCAUCUUCGCCGGAAAACAGCUUGAGGACGGCAGGACUCUUGCUGACUACAACAUCCAGAAGGAAUCCACCCUCCACUUGGUGCUUCGUCUCCGUGGUGGCAUGCAAAUCUUCGUCAAGACCCUUACCGGAAAGACGAUCACCCUGGAGGUGGAAAGUUCCGAUACCAUUGACAAUGUCAAGGCCAAAAUCCAGGAUAAGGAAGGAAUCCCACCAGACCAGCAGAGGCUCAUCUUCGCUGGUAAGCAGCUUGAGGAUGGAAGGACCCUUGCUGACUACAACAUCCAGAAGGAGUCGACCCUCCACUUGGUGCUCCGUCUCCGUGGUGGAAUGCAGAUUUUCGUUAAGACUUUGACAGGGAAAACCAUCACUUUGGAGGUUGAAAGCUCGGACACCAUUGACAAUGUCAAGGCGAAGAUUCAGGACAAGGAGGGAAUUCCCCCAGAUCAGCAGAGGCUUAUCUUCGCUGGUAAGCAGCUCGAGGAUGGGAGGACCCUUGCUGACUACAACAUUCAGAAGGAGUCGACCCUGCACUUGGUUCUGAGACUGCGUGGUGGGAUGCAGAUUUUUGUGAAGACUCUGACCGGGAAGACCAUCACCUUGGAGGUUGAGAGUUCCGACACCAUUGACAAUGUAAAGGCAAAAAUUCAGGACAAGGAAGGCAUCCCUCCAGACCAGCAGAGGCUGAUUUUCGCUGGCAAGCAGCUUGAGGAUGGGAGGACUCUGGCGGAUUACAACAUCCAGAAGGAGUCUACCCUGCACCUUGUCCUUCGCCUCCGUGGUGGUUUCUGAAUCAUGAUUAUGUUGUCUUAUUAAGAAUCUGUUUGUGGUGUUAGUAAUGAAUAAGUUUUUAGACUAUUUGGUUAUGUAAUUUGUAUUUUGUUAUGGUUUUCUUUUAAUCACUACUAAUGGCCAAUAGGUCAUAAAUAACUAUGAUUUCGUUUCCUAUAUAAAGCCUUGUGCUUUUCUCAAGA